AUGGAGAGAAAACUUGAAGUGGAUGAGGUGACGCGGUUACCAAAAGACCCAACGAUUUGUACCAAUAUAUUACAAAAAUAUGUGUCCCCCGAUCAAUGGAACCACUGUUACAGCAUUAGUGACAACGAAUUCUACCACGAGAAUUGUUCAUCCGAAAGCAUACAAAAAGCUUUGUGUUAUAUGACGCGGACUGGACAAUUGAUGGUCAUUUUGGGAGAAGCCAACGAACUUGAAAAUCCGCCCCUCAACAUGUAUGGUCUCAUGCGGCCCGACCUCCGGUAUAACU